CCACCAAAUUCGAUGAUAAUCAGAAGAUCCAAUUUCAGCUUCAACUCGGAAGUUUUCAUUUUUCAUUUUCAUUCCAUGGUUAAUUUGAUUUGGUUAUUAUCUACAAGGCUCAAUGAGAAAGUCGACAUGAACCAAGAGUAGCACUACAUUACUACUAUCCAUUGAGCCAAUCAAUCUCUCUACCAUUGAAGCAAAACAACCUCCGAUUCUGAAUAGAAUAUCCCAUGAUCACAAUUUACAACAGAGAUUGAGAGGCAAUUCACCCUGACCCCACCUACCUCAUGAACUGUAACCAUGCCGCCGCCACUUUCCUUUCGCUCUCUCUUCCACCGCCAAGUUCCGUGCUUUUCCCAAAAAGCCCUUCCGCAAUCCUCGGCCCGAACCAAAUCCUGUUGCCCAGGAACGCCAGACUCGGACUCAGACUCAGACUCAGAGCUUCAAAUGGUGAUAGUAACGUUCAAGCAGCAAAUUGGUCCAAGUGGAUACCCGAAGGGUCUUUCGCUGCCGAUAAAGUUUUCAGGUUAAUCGCCGGUGCCACCGCCAGCCCCAUUGGCCAGUUUGUUGCGUCCCCCACCACGUUUCUUCACUCCAUCGACCCUCGAGUCAAAUUGGUAUGGCUUUUAGCUCUGGUUGUUCUACCGGCAAGGUCACACAUAAUUAUGAGAUUUGCAUUAGUAGUGUACCUGACUUUGCUUUCAAUUUGGGCUCUACCAAGAAAUGCCUGGACGGAUCAACUUGGAAGAGUUUAUUUGCUAUCUGGAUUAUUAUUCAUAACAUCAGGACUGGGUUCAGAUGGUGCGCCUGCACUUGUUCAAUUGAGAACACCACCACCUGCAAUGAUGGGGCUUCCUAAUCUUCCAGUAUCUUUAACAGGUUAUGCAUAUACAAUCAUGAAGUUAGGUCCAUUAACCUUUACCAGGAAAGGCCUAUCUGUAGCAAGCACUAUUGCAUGUUUGACUUUUACAGUGUUUCAAAGUGCAAGUCUCUGUCUCACAACUACAAGCCCUGAACAACUAGCAUUUGCAUUGCGAUGGUUUAUGCUCCCACUGAAAUACAUAGGUGUUUCUGUGUCAGAAAUUGUGCUUACACUUUUACUGUCAUUGAGGUUUAUCAGUCUUGUUUUUGAUGAGGUUCGGAACAUUGCUUUGGGGAUUGUAUCUCGUAGGCUAAAUUGGAAGCAGCUGACUGUUAUGGAGACAAUUGAUAUUUUCUUUAACUACUUCCGUCGCAUCUUCAAAAAUAUUUUCAGCCAUGCAGAGCAAAUUUCUCAGGCUAUGAUAGUCAGAGGUUUUAAAGGGGACUGUGGCACUCAUAAAAUUUACUUUUUGUCAGAAUCAUCUUUUGGGAUGGUAGAUAUUAUAUGCUUGCUGUGCUUGACACUUUUAAUAGGAGCUGCUCUCCUGUCUGAGUACUACCUUGUCUAACAAUAUAUGCCACUCCUGCAUCUGUAAGAGCAUUCUGUAGUGAUUUUUAAUCAUUUGAAUGUUCAAGGGCAAGGCAGAUUGCAGCAAAUUAUGCAGUUUUUCCCAUGAAGAUGUCAAGGGCCCUAUGAAGAUACAAGGUGGCAAUAUGAAAAGGAUCGAAAGUUGAAGUGAGGAAAAUUUGGAUGGCUUCUGAACGGUCAAACUUAUUGAGCUAUUGAUCAUGAUAUCGUGAUCAUUCGUGCUACAGUUCGUAUAGACUCCCUCUUGUAGAGAUAAACCAAAUUCCUUAUACAUGUGCGUUCGUUAGACCUUAUUUGCUGAGAGAUAGUUUACAUUCCUCAAUUCAACAAAAAAAAAAAUCAUGUUCCUUAAUUAUAAA